AUGCUUCAUGGGCAUUUUGCCAUGUCUCUGACUUUUCUCUCACCCAGUGGGGGACUCAGCAUUCUAUCUACAUUGGAGAAAAGGUUCCCAGGACAGAGAAAUCAGAGAUGGGAUGAGGAGGAGGAAGACGUACUUGCUCCCUCUGGUGCCUUUGCUGUGCGAGAUCAGAUUCCUGCUCACCCCGCUGCCUCUCUCUGUUUCCUCCUACGCUGCCUGCUUUUGUCUCUCCCUGUUCCUGUCCGUGCCACUCCCGUUUCUGUCUUCCCUGCCAACCACCCGUCCCUGUCUCAGCUGAGCCUCCUUCCCCAAAGGACCCCAGCUCCAGCCUCUGAGCCCUGCUCCGUCCCCCUCCUGCUCAGCCAUCGGGGUUCCCUGAGAGCCACAGCUAAGGCUCCUCCCCACUCCAUCAUCCCCCACACUGAAAUUCCGGUAGCCCCAGUUUCCUGUGGCCCCCAACUCCUACAGUGUGGCCUCAGGUAG